GGAAGGGUUCAAGGCCGAGAGAGGCCUGCAGUGCUUCCCAGACUUUUCCACAGCAGAAGCCCCACCCUCAGCAAGGAUGAUAUACCCAUAGGCAAGUCCAGGGUCAGCAGAAUUGGCUGCUCGGCCCUAGGCCAGCAGCCUGGACACAGGCACUCCAGCUGAGGGAUUGCUCUGUUGGUGCCCCUGGGAGCCAUUCCUGCCCCCAAGGGCACACUGGUGGGAAAGCCCUGGGAUGACCUGCGCUGAGAGGACAAGCAAGGACCAAGCUAUGGGGAAGCCAGAGGUCAAAUGGAGGCUGAGGAGAGGCUGGAGAGGUGGUGGGGGGCAGGUGGAAUGACAGAGGGUGCCAGGCAUCUACAGACACUGAGCGCCCCUGAGGGGUCAGACCUGAGAUAGGCAGGGAGGGGCAGAGUUUGACCUCUGCAAGAGACUGUGUUUGAAUCCUUUAAGCAGAGUUGAGGUUAGACUUCAGAAGGAAAAACAAAAGCACAAGGCCAGCUGAUUUUCUCUGAAGAGUGGACUUUGGGAUACCUUCGCCAGGAACCCCCACCCCACUCCCUCUGCCCUUUACUCUCCACCACGCACACAGCUCCCUGGGGGACCGGGCCACCCUGGACCUUGCUACUUCCUGCUCCUGGCAGCCAUGGCUCAGAGACCAUGGAGCUGUGGAGGCAGCUGAGUCAGGCUGGACUGGUGCCUCCGGGGCUGGGCCCACCCCCCCAGGCCCUGAGGGAGGUCCCCCCAGUGGAAAUCCCUGGUCAGACCCUCAGGACUGCAGGGACAGACACUGGAGGUGCCUGGGAUAGUCUGCUGUGGAUCAGGGAGGAGCUGGAGAACCUGCGCCGAGUUGAUGUCCAGCUGCUGGGACAGCUGUGCAGCCUGGGGCUGGAGAUAGGGGCACUGCGGGAGGAACUGGUCACCAUAUUGGAGGAGGAGGAGGAGAGCAGCGAGGAAGAGGAGGAGGAUCAAGAGCCCCAGUGGAAGCAGGAGGAGGAGGAACACCUGGAGGCCUGCCCAGCCCCACACCCCCCUGACUUUGAGAUGAUGAUCUGAGGCUCUGCCAGUGCAUUUAGGUUGACAUACAAAUUAGAUGCAAAUGUAUGCAAAGGGGAGGGGAGAUUUGCAGGUCAAAUCAGAUGUGGAAUCAAGUAUACCCCUUUAGUAAGUGCUUUCUCUGAAGAUGCCUGCAAUGAGAUUUAGACAUUGGCCUGUGAGCUAUGGGUGUGUUGGCAGAUGACAUGAGGAUGUGUUUGGAGGUGAUGUGGGAGGUUGUAGAGAAGUUGCAGGUGCUUUUGCAGAUGAGCCUCAGCUGUGCUGCUGAGAUGGGGUCUCUGCAAAUGUGAUGGUGAUACAUACAGAUGGGAUUUCAGAUCAACGCUGUCCAGUAUGGUAGACGGACAGCGGACGCACAUGGCUAUUUAGUGCUUGAAACAUGGGGCGUCCAAAUUGAGAUGUGCUGUGAGUGUAAAAUACACAACAAAUAUUAAAGGCUUAGUAUGAUGAAAAUAACAUAAGACAUCUCAAUCAUGUUUAGAUUAAUUACUUGUUGAAAUAAUAAUAUUUUGAUCAUAUCAGUAGUAGUAAAAAUAUUACUAAAAUUA